AGAGAAGGUCAGUUCGCAGCAGAAUGCGUGUUGUUAAACGUCUGGGCACCCAGUUAGAGCCUGUUCUGCACCGCUCUCGUUAUGGACCUUUUGCCGCACAUCUCUUGCUGGAAGGUCCUAUCGCUUCAGAUGAAGGUCGUGAAGUGUAUGUUGAUCACGAUUUCUCACAACUUUAAAAUGACACUAGCAUGUUUUAGUAUUUCGGUGACGAAUCCCGCGACAGGCGAAGAACUCUCCACGGUCGUCUCAGCUUCGCCUGACGAUGUCCGUGUCGCCAUCCAUGAUGCUCACCAAGCUUUCAAGCUUGGUGUAUGGUCAAAAACACCCGCGAUCCAACGUGCUGCUGUCCUUUCCAUAUUGGCUCAACAUCUGGAAGAGAAUAUUUUACGACUGGCUAGAAUCGAAUCCAUGCAAACCGGAAGGACGAUUCGAGAAAUGACUGCUCAACUAGGACGUCUACCGGAGUGGCUAGACUAUUACGCAGCGUUGCUUCGUACACAUUCGGCGUAUGUUGCACCCACACAGGGACCACUCCUGAACUAUGUGCAGCGAGUACCGUUGGGUGUCGUUGCGCAGAUCACGCCCUUCAAUCAUCCACUCCUGAUUGCUCUUAAGAAGAUUGCGCCGGCAAUAGCCACCGGAAAUUCCGUGGUGGUAAAGCCAUCCGAGCUUGCUCCAAUGACAGUUCUUGAAUUCGCCGAAUUGACUGCAGAGGCUGGAGUACCCCCGGGUGUUCUUUCUGUGCUUCCCGGUUACGGCAGGACGAUUGGGAAGGAGAUUGUCUCUCAUCCGCUUAUACGGAAAGUGGACAUCACGGCAGGAACUUCAACAGGUCGAGAGUUGGGUAGCCUAGUCGGUGGCAACCUCGCUGCCUAUACUGCAGAACUCGGUGGCAAGGCCCCCAUUGUUGUUUUCGACGACGCGGAUCCGAUCUCAGCUGCAAACGGUGCUGCAUUCGCUUGUUUCGUUGCCUCUGGUCAAACCUGCGUAUCCGGCACACGCCUCAUUGUCCAAGAUGGCAUCUAUGACGAGUUCAUGUCUCUUUUCCUUGCCAAAGUCAACAGUAUUACCAGACGUAUGGGUAAUCCUCUGAAUCCGAAGUCAACAAUGGGUACUGUUAUCUCUCAAAGUCACCUGCAACGAAUCGAAAGUAUUGUUCAACGCGGCAAGGCCAAAAGCCACGGCAAGCUUCUCGUUGGAGGCGAGCGCCUGACGGGUAAAUCGGAGUUGGACGGCUUUGAUUUCUCCAAAGGCAGUUUCUUCCCGCCAACUGUCUUCGAGAACGUUUCUCUUGAAAGUGAACUGUGGAGGGAAGAGAUCUUCGGACCUGUUGUCGUCGUUAAGCGCUUCUCAGACGAGAAACGCGGUCUCCAGUUGGCUAAUGCAUCGAAAUAUGGUCUUGGUGCCGGUAUCUGGACGAGAGACUUGUCCAAAGCCCAUCGUAUCUCCGCUGAGAUCGAAGCAGGGCUUGUCUGGGUGAACACACAUCACAGGAACGACCCUAGCUCGCCUUGGGGUGGUAUGAAAGAAAGCGGCAUCGGACGUGAGAACGGACUAGAGGCGUUUGAAGCCUAUACGCAAAGCAAGUCCACCAUCGUCAACAUUGCCACUGUGGAAGAAACUCGCCAGGCUCAAGAUUGGUUUGCUGAAGAUGAGGAACAGGCUUCUACUAGGUAUGGUUGAGUCCGACGUUGUGUGUCUUCUGUAUUACUGCUUGUAUCACUCUUUGGAUCACAUUUAUUCCUAUACUCGCACUUCCCCCCUCAUCGACGGUAUAUACGUCAACGUUGCAAAACCUAUGUUUCGACGGAAGCGGAAUCGAGCGGUAAGUAGUUCACUCGGUAUUUGCUUCCGCGCCGCAGCCGAAUAGAUGGGGGCUUGCGAUCGUCCCACCCUCCCGAUGAGGAAUGCGUCGUGCUAGAGAUGGUAUCCGGAGAGACAGCUUGACAAGGCGGACUAUUGCCAUAAGUCUUUGCUGUCGGCUCUUGACCUCGGACCACAAUCACCUCCCC